AUGGUUAUACUUUCCAUUUGUUCAGCUUUUUCUUAUCUUGAUGAUGAAUAUUUAUAUGAUAAGGACAGAAUAACUGAAAUGGAAUUUAGUGGGAAACAAUAUGAUGGUAUAAAUUUCGUUACAACACUAACAAAAAACCCACAUUGUUUUCAGUUAUUAGAAAAAACGAAAAUCCCUUAUGAAGAAGAUGAUACUAUUGUUUUUAAUGUCUCUCAAAUCCAUCCUUUAUCAGCAUUAGUUACAUUAUCAAAUCUAAUCUUUGCCCAAAACGAAAGUCCUUAUUUCUUAGUCCCUUUUCUUUAUCCUUCUCAAAUGAUGGUUCUUCAAAACUAUUUCAAUAUUUCAUUUAUGACUCUUCAAUCUGGAAUUAUUCAAACAUAUGCCAAAGUUAAUCAAACUUCUGUAAUUAUAAUAGAAAGUAGUAUGAUAACUACAGUAUCAGUUUAUGAAUGGAAAGAUGGAUUAUUUUUAGAGACUGAACGAAAAGUAUUUAAUAAAGGUAGAAUAGAUAGACAAAUUCAACUAGGAAAACUUAUUACACGACAAGAUUCAUCUCCAACAGAAGUUUUUAAGUGUGGUAAAAAAUUAGAUGAAAUUCUUGCAAAUAAAGAAGAUUUUAGUGAGAAAAAUAAAAUUCCAUUUUGUUUAGUUACAUCCCACAAAAAUAUUAUAUCUACUCUUGAAGAGUUUUAUACUGAAAUUAUUCAAUACCUUAAAAAUAUUCUUCCACUCAAAAAAGGACAAUUGUUAUAUUCAAGUUUUUUAAUAGGAUAUUUCGAGGAUGUGAUUAGAAAAAGUCCAGACUUUAAAGAUUGGAGUGUAAUUACUGUUGAUGUUCAUAAUGUAUUAAAAAACAAAAAACUUGAUAAGUACACAAUUACUACUAGAAGGCAUGAUCAUUAUACAUUAUUUAAUCCUUAUAUACAAAAGUCUAUCCCUAUUUUGACAGAUAAACUUAAUCAAACUCUUUAUGUUAAUAUCACUCUACCUUCAAAUACAACUCGUUUAUGUGAAUUACGUGGAACACUUGACUUUUCUCUUCCAGAAGAAGUUAUUGGGACUAUUUAUUUAGAAAGAGAACCAAAUAAAUACCAAGCUCAGAUAACAGGAAGUUUUGAGAUAACUAUAAGUAAGUCUAAACCAGAAAUAACUAAACAAUCUAUUUUUUAUGAGGAGUAUCAAUGUCAUACUUUACAAGGAGAGGAAAAUUGUACAACAUCAUUAAUUGAAGUUCCAAUAAAAUUAGUUCUACGAAAGGAUAUUGACUUAGCCAUUCAAAAUAAAAACUCUUUCAUAAUGGAAUCAAAACAAUUAAUAUCCAAAUUACAAAUAGCUACUUUGCAAUUUAAGUCAUUAAAUUAUCUUCAAGAUGGAAUUGAAUGGAUGAGAAGGAUUGGUCUUAGUGAAGAGUCACUUAUUCUUUCAAAAUUUAUUUCUAAAUCUUCAAGUAGUUAUGAACUUAUUGAAAUAGCUGAUUUAGUCUAUGAUUAUGUAAUGGAAAAUAGUCAUGAAAUGGAAUAA